AUGUCGAACUAUAUCCACGACCCCUCCCUCUUCGUCGACUACCUUUGCUAUUCUGAUGAGGGACAAUCCCCUCCAUCGUCCAAAAGCCCGUACGGCGACAGAACAAUUUUUGCAAGCGAUAUGUCAGAAGAGGCAAAAGAGAUCAAUUCGUUCUUCGAUUUGGACGCCUGGCCUGGCGAAUCAUCAGCAUCAACGACGGAGCAAAGUACAAAGGAAUCAGGUGCCGAAGAACUGGAUAAUGAGGUACAGACGCGGGAACGGGAUGAGGCGGAGCAGGAUACAUUGCAAUACAAACUCGCCCUCCCGUCUGAAUGGGCAUUUCAGCCCGUGCUUCCUCCCCUCCCCUCCAUCCCUGUCAUUCCCGUUGAACGGCCAAUGCCCAUGCCUCAGGAGCGGGCGCAUGUUCAAGGGGCCACGUCGCUCUCGUCGCUCCCCUCCGAUGUCGCCGCUGGGCCUUCCGCCUCGGUCUACUAUCCUACUGUCGGCGUCACGCGCGACAGAGAGGACGAGGACGAGGACGAGGACGAGAUCCCCGCGAAGAGGAGGAAGCUCGUGACCAUGCCGCCGCCGCAAACCCUGCAGGGCAAGCCGGCAAAACGAAAGCGCCUCGACCUCCCAACGUACGAGUGCACCUGGCGCCACAAGGACGGGCGGACGUGCGGGUGGGAAGGAGUGGCGGAGGACGGGUGGGCACACGUCCGUCACGUCCACGGACUACAAGACCUGGUUCGCCCAGAGCCCGCCCCAACGCCGGUGCAGUGUGGAUGGGGUCCCUGCACAUUUACCGCAUACCCCAGCGAGAUCCUGGAGCACUGGACGAAUACACACCGGCGUGUGUUGGCGGAGACGCUACCUUCGGGUCGGACCCGCCAAGAGACCAAGGUCCAAUGCGAAGCGUGCCCCAACACCGAAACGACCGUACAGUUUCGGAACCUUGCAUCACAUAUGACGUACAAGCACUGGCCAGAGUGCAACAUGUGGUGCGAUAACUGCAAAGGUCGGUUUCGGCACGACACGUUCAACACAGCGAAACGCGACCACCGCGGCCGCUGCCUGGCGGAAUUCAUGAAGAAAGAUCCUCGCUUCCGCUAG